UCCUACUACAGGUCGGUGCGGAUCAAACACCUUGCAGUCGGUUCAGAGCCAUUGACAAAAAAGGGGGUCUCUCUCGGAUAUGGUGGAGUAAGCUACAUCGGGGCGGCUUGGAAACCACCUGGUUUGGAAUAACCCGAUGGAAAUUGGAGGACGGGGGCAUUGCGAAGUCCGUCUCGAGGAGGUUUUCAUGGAGCGUUGAGAUUAUGUGGUGGCUUGCCUUAAUGAUGUUUACAUCUCCGGCUUUCCCAUUCAUCGUGUUUAUGUGCAUGGGGUUAUCCGAGGCGGUUCAUUCCUACGAUGCGCUGCCGUUAGUACUAAGGAAAUCUCGUGCAAUCGCAGAAGAGCAUCCAGAUACGAGCGCGAACGAGUUCCCAGGAUACCGGCUCGGUAUUGUCGCAUUGACACCAGCGCCCACGGUCGCGUCCGCCAGAAAACCGAUAAAUGUCGCCGCACCAGCAGCCACCAUUAAACCACCAACAACGGACCCCACCACCACCACCCCAUCCCUGUCUAAUCCCAGCUACAUGGCCGCGUUUGUUCGGAGGAAGCUCAGCUCUGUUGAAACGCAGAUGAAAGAAAAGCAGACCUCUGAUAAAGCAGACAGAUCAGGCAUCGUGCCCGAUUUUAGCACAACCUCUGACUAUUCUCAAGAGCUGGUGUGUAACUGCAGCGGUGAAGGAGUAUCGGACCCUGAUGAGUGUGACCGUGAGACGGGUCAGUGUGACUGUAUGCCGGGUUACACGGGGCUGCGGUGUGAAGAGUGCGAGGAAGAUCACUUCACCAAUGGCACCAUCGGAUGCCUGCCCUGUGCAUGUGACUCCUUCGGUGCAGACAGCGCAAGCUGUGACAGUUCAGGUAGCUGUACAUGUAAGAUAGGUGUUUACGGGCCCAAGUGUGACGACUGCCACCCUGGAUUCUUCCACUUCAGCCACACAGGAUGCCAACCUUGCCGAUGCAACAACCAUUCCACCUACUGCCACCCUCAGUCAGGUGUUUGUUUGGACUGUCAGGACAACACUCAGGGCCACAACUGUGAGGAGUGCCUGGUGAACUUUUACCGGCGUCCUGGCGAGGGGUCCGCGGACGCCUGUCUGCCUUGUCCCUGCUCCUCUGAGACCUCCAGCGGCAGCUGCCAUCUCGAUUCCAAUGGACGACCCAUAUGUGACGAAUUUAAGCCUGGCUUCUCUGGCCCGACAUGUGACGUGUGCACAGACGGUUUAUUUAAAUCGGCAGGCGUGUGCGUGUCCUGCGACUGUAAUGGGAACGCAGACCCUCGCUCCAUGCCACAAAUAUGCCACCCUGAGACUGGGCACUGCCACCGCUGUAUCAACCACACAACAGGACCACACUGUGAGAUCUGCACACGUGGAUACACGGGGGACGCCCGCUAUCACAACUGCACCAUGAGAGCUGUAAGAUUAUCCCCGACUGAAGACAUCAAAACCUCCACAACACGAAUCCCCAAAUCCACAAGUUCCAUUUCUUCUACACCCCCUUCCCGUCUCCUCACUUCCCCCUCCACCCACCCAAGCCUACCGACCCUGGAGUCCGGCACGGGAGACUCCGCGGGACACAACAGCACAGCCUCUGCCCUAACAGUAGUGUCCUGGACGCAGUUUAACGUCAUCAUUCUGGCCGUCAUCAUUGUGGUCGUCGUUCUCCUCAUGGGUUUCGUCGGAGGCGUGUAUACCUAUCGUGAGUAUCGCAACCGAAAACUGAAUGCCCCGUUUUGGACCAUUGAGCUGAAGGAGGACAACAUCAGCUUCAGCAGCUACCACGAUAGCAUCCCGCACGCCGAUCCCAAUGGACUACUGGAGGAGGAGCCGUGUGUGGUCGCGGCCAAUGGGCAGUUAGCACUCGCCACCGCCGCCAACAUGUACAAAGCGUGAAGUCAUCGAUUGCCUCAUCUUUUAAAGUGAGAGUUCAGUCAACAAUUAACAUUCUGUCAUCAUUUACUCACCCUCAUGUCGUACCAAACCUGUAUGACUUUCUUUUUUUUUUCUGUGGAACAUAAAAGAUAUUUUGAAGUACAAGUACCACUGUCCUUAUACCGAAAGUAGGCGGGGUCCAAAAUAGCAUCUAUUAUCUUGUGUUCCACAGAAGAAACAAAGUCAUACAGGUUUGGUACAACAUGAGAGUGAGUGAAAUAGCAAAAUGGCAUUUUUCAGGUGAAUGAUACAGUUAAUUCUGUUGAUAAGUGAAAGAAGAUGGCCUGGGAGCCAAAGCUAACUUAUUUAUUUGAUUCUACACACUACAGUUUUUAGCUCCCCAUUGCUUCUUAAAUGACAUCACCAUGACAUUUUAGAUAGGACUCAAGGAAAUACAAGACAAGCCAUUAACAUGUUAUUUCGCGGUUGACACAAAAAUCGAUGAAUUGCGAAUACAUUGCCUCUCAAAUGAGCCUCUAAACUUUGUGUGUAUGGAUGUUAAUAUUUCUACAUACAGGAAAGAUGAUUCCCUUCCACUAUUACAGAGGAAAUUUACAGAAAACCGCUAUUUGUAUAGGAAACUCGAUAUGUUUUCAGACUGACCCAAUUACACUGAAAUUAUGGCUUUGGGAUUUUCAAUAGAAAACAGAUGAAGUUCAUUCAAUCAGCAAUGAAAAUUCCAACGGAAACAAAGACUGCCAGGUGAACCUAUGUGUGUUCGUUUGUCUUCGACAGAGACUAUUUCAUACAUAUAUCAAUGGUGGGACUUUGAAUUUCUUUGGAAUGCAGUCUUGCUAAGAAUUCCUCUUGGCUCGAUUCCUGCCACUGUUACAGAACUGAACAUGCUACAAAACAGUCAUACCUGUAAUACUAGCACCCGUUUCAGCCUUAUUGUGUUUAUGAGUGUGAGUGGGUGUAUGUGUAUGCGUGUGCUUGGGGAGAGAGAGAGAGAGAGAGGCACAGUGUUUGAGUGUGGAGACAGUUUCAGAUCUAACUGUGUAGAGCUGGAUUCUACGCAGGAAUGUACAAAAAGACUGGAUUUCCUCUGCUGCAUAGUUUCACGAACACUGAUCAAAUCUUUGACACAAUAUUGUAUACAUGAAAGCCAUGUAAUCGUAAAAUGACCCACGGGGAGCGUGUUUUCCGAAGAAUUUGCGAAGUGGAAAGACUUUUUAGGAAUCUGUAAGGUACGACGGUGGACAGUGUUUUUUUCCUCCAUUUGUCUGCAAGGACCCUUUUAAAUGUGAUUCAGGAUCAUUUUGAUGAUUUGGACAAAGGACUAGUGUUUGAACGAAUGUGUUUUUUUCCACGUCUAUUUAAUUCGUCUUGUUCAUUUCUAUUUAUUUAUCAUUUGUGUUUGUCUCAGUGGUCUUAUUUUAUCAAUGUUUUUCCAAUCUUCAUGCUGCAUUGUACAGUGUACCAUACCGAAUGCAAACUCUGUAGGCUGAGUUGUGAGCACAACCUCAAAGACGUGUUGGAAGACUUUUUUCUUCUCUUAUUUUCUUUAUAAUUUAUUUAGUCAGGUUAUGUGUUAACUCACAGUAUACAAUGGGAUUUUGGUGGAAAAUACUGUAUUUUCUCAUUCCUGAGUGGUCCAAUGACUGAAAAUAAAGGAUUAUUGAAUCAAAAGACUUGCUUCAAAAA